UGGCGAAACUCUUCACCGCCACUUCACCUCCUUCAAAUCCACCCUCCUCACCUUCAACCGUACAACCAACGCCGCCAUCUUCACCCUCCACCUCAUCUCCGGCACAGUGAUGACCCGGGAGGAUGGAGAAGUUGUCGGCGAGCCUGUCGGAGAUCUGCUGGAGCCCUCUCGCGCUGCCGUUGGACGCGGUGGUCAGCAAGUUUCGUCUGCCCACUCUGGUCCGCCUGGUCCACGGUGAAUGCGUUGAGGGUCUGUCAGAAGAGGAUGUGGUUCUGCUCCACUCUUGUCGUCAGUGGACCACAGUGACAGCUCAUAGCUUAGAAGAAGGGCACUAUGUGAUUGGGCCCAAGAUUGACAUCCCUCUGCAAUACCAAGGGAAAUUCAAAUUGUUGGAUGAAGACAGAGACAUCAGGGAUCCCAUCCAGUAUUUCUCAAGUGUGGAGGAGGUUGCUGGAGUGUUCCCCGACCGAGUAUUUGUCAUGGAAACAAUCACUUUCAGCGUCAAGGUGGUUUCAGGAGAGUUCAGUGAGGACAGUGAGCCAUACAGCUUCACUCUGCAGGCGGGAGAUGAGCUGUCACUCAUGGGAAAGGCCGAGAUCCUAUGUGCCACGCCUACGAAGGAAAAGACAGGACUGAGUGCACUUUUGAAACGCCUGGGAAAGACUCCCCGAACAGAGAAGACAGCAGUAAAUCAACAAAGACAAGUCAACUGUGCCCCGAUCUACUACUCAAGAGAUCUGAUGGACUCAAAAAGUAAAACCCCUUGCCUGGUGUGUAUGAACCAUCGCACCAAUCAGAGCGUCAGCUUGCCUUUUGCCUGCCGUGGGCGCUUUUGCACACGUUCGCCACUGGAGCAAGGUAUGCUGGGUGGAGAGCAUACGGUGCGCAGCAUCAUCGAGAGGGUCCGCCUCCCCGUCAAUGUAUCUGUACCGUCCCGCCCGCCACGAAACCCAUAUGACCGCCAUGCGGUAAGAGAAGGCCACCGCUUCAAGCUGCUCAACAUCGUCAGCAAGACAGUGGUACUCUGUAUGGUGCUUCGCAGACAGGAAGUGUCGCCCUCCCACUUCCUACUGCUACGCUGCAUGCCUCGGUUCAACGUGGCCGACGCCUCUGUGCACACAGCAGCCCUGGAAAGCCUGCUUUUGCGAUACUCCUUUGACCCGGAUGCCUACUCUCGAGCUGUGAGGGAAACCCGCCCUGAGUUGGAGUGUAUGACAGAGGAAUGUGUGAGUCCACGACACUCACGUACAUAUGUGACAACACAGGACUCAUUGGCGCCGGCCCUUCAGCAGCUGUCCAUGUGCAGUUAUGGGGGCGGGGUCUCAGAAAACUUAUCACAGCGCUGCAGGGACUCUCUUGGGGUCCAGUUAGGGGAGGGACCAGGUGAGGAGAGGGAGUACGUCACUCCCGAAUGGACCGAGGCUGAAAUGAGGACCACUGAGGAGAUACCCUAUGAGGAACUUUGGACCAACCAGAAUGCAGACGGCCUAGGGAAGGAGCCAAACCUCAUUUCCUUCCAUUCAUCCACCUCAAUGGAUGGCUCCCUGGGUACAGUGGUGACAACAGUGGCUGUUCCGCCGCCCGUGCCACCAAAAUCUGAUGCUGUGCGAGAAGAGUGUCGCUACUUGAUUGCUCCUCCAGUCCCUCCUCGUGGCUCUAAAUUGGGCUCCAUCUCCAGUCCAGCCCCCAGCCCUCCUGUGCCUCCUCGCUUCACCAAGGCUGCCAUCUCUGCCAGACCCAAUCUUUCUUUCUACUCCUCAGGACUGCAGGACAGCUGCUCACUCUCUCCAGACGCUUCCCUCUACUGUUACCCAUGUUCCUGGAGUGAUUGUCCUGCCCCCAAUCCUGAGCCUGUCUCAACCAUCCCCGCGGACAACACAGCCAACCCCCAGACAGCACAAGCCACCUGGGUCGAGCCGUGGGUGGACUCCUUCACUAGUGGCCCUCGGCUGAAACCGCCGCCCCCGCAAAGUCGCUUCGCACCCUUUGGUGCUUUGAACCCUUUCAACCGUCAGUCCCCUUGCCCAUCACCUGAGCUGUCAGACAAUCCAGAAACCUCUAGAGGGGCAGAAGGAGGUGGGAUAACUGAAGGCUCUGCCGCACCCACCGACCCGACCUGGCGUCCCCCCGCUGACUUGUCCGCGCUGUCAUUGGAGGAAGUGUCGGCCUGCCUGCGUUUCAUAGGCCUGUCGGAGGCUGCAGUGUCCAUUUUCCAGAGGGAGCGUAUUGAUGGUAGCCUUUUAGUUCAGUUGACAGAGGACAUCCUGUCACAUGACUUUCACCUGAGCCGACUCCAUGUCACCAAGAUCACACAGUUUAUACAAGGAUGGAGGCCUAAAAUCUAACACAUAAACACUAUUCCCUGUCAAACAAAUCCAUAGCACUGGCUUUACUCCAGUAGGAGCUGGUACAUUAUCUAUUACAUUGAAAUUCUUAACUCAUUCACUGCCAUUGACAAGUGUACUUGUCAAUUGUGUGUUAGGAUCCAAUUCUGCUCCACUGUUAAUUUCGGGUGUCCAAACAACUGUACCAAUGCACUACCGCCAGCAGAAGAUGGUUAUGAUACACCAUUUCAGAUUUGAUGUCAGAACUUUUUCUUGCUAUGACAUGGUAUGGUGAAAAAAAAUAAUAUAGUGAAAUAUAACAGAUAUUUUAGAUGUAAUGAUGAGAAUAGCUCUUGCUGAAUAAGGAGCCUGUAAAAAAUAUGACCCCAUGACGAGUGUUGUCCGAUUGGGCAGGUUCCCCAAAAUUUGGCUAUUUUUAGGGCGAGAGAGUAAUGUAUUGGGCGGGUUGAUUAAAAAAAAAAAAAUAGAACCCCUUGCCAAAAACCAACAACGGUUGACUAGGCAUGUGCCUGUAUGAGAUUCUGACAGUAUGAUAACCUUAAGCAAAAAUAUCACGGUUUCACUGUAUUGCAAUUGCAGCUCUAAAAUGUGUUACUUUAAGAUAUCUGGAUUUUAAAAAAACAUUGAACAGGAAUUUUAUUUUUUCAAAACAAAUUAGCAAAUGGGAACAUAAGUAUAAUGUUAAAUUAAAAAACAUAUAUUAUGAAUAAGAUUACAAUAAAUGCAGUCCUUUAAGUGAGCAUAAACCCAUAGCCAUAGCUUUGCAUUUAUUAUCAUCAGAACAAAAAUAAUUGAAUUAUUUUCCAUAAAAAGCACAUGUGUAUGACUUGUAUCAUGUUUACAUCACACACACACACUCGCUCAACAAAGACAGUUGCCAGAGAAAAAAAAACACAUAUUUUACCACUGCUAGACACACUAAACACGCUGGAGUUAACUCUUGUAGCUGGUGGGAAUAGCGUUUACUAACCUUUAAUUUUAUAGAAAUGCGAAAUCAUAUUGGAGGUAUUGCCUCCUCAGCAGCCACCCUCUGCAAACAUGUUAUACAUGUCGGUUGGCCCUCCUUCUCUAAGCUGCGGCCGGCCGUAACUUUUCUUCAGCUAAAGUAUUCCCAUACCAGCAAUUUCUUUUUCUUCGAUGGGCGGGGGAAAGUUAAGGAGUUUCACCACCUCCAGCCAUCGUGUACCACAGCUGACUCACUGAUACUGAGCAACAACUGAUGGGGGAGGGUUGAGCCUUGCAGCUGCAAGCGAAUUUUCUCCCUGCAUUUGGGACCUAAAAAAUAGCUGAUACCUUAGGGACUGUAUGGCGGAAAAUUUUGGGGGUUUAGAAACCGUGACGUUUUCAUACCACGUUAUGCCUUGAAACUGGUCAUCGGCACUUGCCUACGGUUCACUCACAAAACACAGCACAUGAAGUGUACUUAGCACAACCUAACAACCGAAACACAGUAUUUGUUAAGAGGGUUACAUUUGUUAAUGCUAUCAUGCAAUUUGAUAGUGCACAAAAAUCAAUAUGUGCAUGAGAAUAUUCAUUUAAAAUCACAAAUAUUAAUAAAAACAAAAGUGUAAAAGCUUUUACUUGUGAAUAGUUGGCUAAGACGUGUUGACCACUACAGGGGCUCCGGCACCGUUAGAGAGCCCAGGAGAUGAACUCAAAUACAGUUCUUUAAUGGGCUCACAUGCAGGUGUGCAUGCUGAAAAUAUUGUAUAAGUUGUACUUCGACAGUGAUUUCUAUUGGCAAACGUGUAUCUUUGGCAUUAAAUAAUGAGUAAAUAUACAGAACUCAACUCCUUUGAUGCUUAUUGGCAAAACAGCAUUGAUUCCACAACAAUAACUUGAUUUUGGCGUAUUUAUUCAUACUGUUUAUAACUUAUAAAACGAAAACAUAAAGAGUACAGAGUUGUAUAAGGGAAACCUUUUAUCAUGAACGGGAAGUUGUAAUUUUGACUGGGGGUUUUUUUUUCCCCCCUUUUUUUCUUCCAUUGAACUGGGCCUUUUUAAUGAUGUGAUUGGGCUGGAGACUGUCUUUCUGAUCUGGCAACCGUGCCUGUGACUGACAUUAAUUCUGCUUCAUAUGUUUUGUUUCACAAUACAACAUUUCUCCACUUUUUGAGAGGAACAGCUACAUUUUCUAAAACAUGCAAUCUAAAACCAUACAUAUGUUCUUUUUUCCUGGCAAAAGAAAAGCAUAUUCUUGUAUGUGGAGUUGUAGAAUGCAAUAUUUGGUGGAUCUUGAAAACAAAAUCAGUCAACAUGUUGAAAAAAAUAGCUUGAAAUAUAAGGUUGGCUUCCUUGAAAACAACUGGCAGUGAAUGAGUUAUGAAAUAACGUUUCACAAUAUGUGUGUACACAUUGCACAACCACAUGAGCCAAAUUGGAUUACUUGGUAGAAGCAGGGCUAGAAUGUGCCUUUUUAGCCAUCCUAAAUGUGCCUUUGACUGUGACCAAGUUAAAUGAAGCCGCUCCCCCCAACUCCUGAACCGACAUUGCAGACUUGCUUUUUGUCUGAAACCCAGACUAGAAUUGGUUUACUAACAAAUGGAAUGACAUACUAAAGAUAUUAUAUUGUGUCUUUCGCACAGCUACAGUCAAAUAUGGUCAAUGCCACAUUAUGGCCAAAGUACAAACUAGUAUAUCGAAUUAUUUUUUUGCACAAAAAUGCUGAAGUUGCUGAAAGACUAUUCUAAGUGUUACCUGAUUAUAGUGGAUCCUUCCAAAUACAAUGCUGAUAAUGAAUGAACUAUCUUGACUACAGAUGAGGAAUAUGAUGCCACUUAUAUGGCCAAAAGUAAUUUUCAGCCUUUUUCAGAUAAACAGAUGCCUUAAAAAAAAAAAUCUGCGGCCAAUAACUGUGUGGCGUAAGAUAAUUAGAAGCCAUCUGCAAUCAGUAAAUCAGUACAUUCGCAACAUUAUGUGAUGGGUGACAUUUUUGUUUAUACUAUAGGAGUCAAUUUUUUUUAACAUUCCCUUUUGAAUAACACAAACUGUUGUUCUGUUUAUAGACAUGUAAAUGUUGACUGCCUCAAAAAUAUAGUUUCUAAAAUGUACCUCAGAUCACUUUGAAAUGCCAUGCAUAAAUAAUAAAUUAAAUCAUGCUUGAUUUUACUAUAUGGUCAUAUUUAAAUUUCAUUUCAUCAGAAAAUAAUGUAAUGAAGUAUUGAACAAAAUGUUGUUGUUUUUUUUAAUACAUGUUUGUUAGUUUUGAGUGAACUUCCUCAAUUUUUCCAAACCCUGAAUAAGUCCCAGUUCAGUCACAUUAGGAAUAGAUAGAACUUUUGAGUUAGUAGCUGUCACUCACUUGAACAAGCUGAAAUCACAGUGUAGUCAAAUGUAAUACAAAUCUGUAGUCAAUUGAAUACAUUAAUUGUCAUGUAUGAAAUGAUUAAAAGCUGACUAAAUGGGAUGAACACAUAAUAGAACACCACCCAAAAACUGUUCAAAGUAGAAUUGAGAACCUUUUCCAAAAAGUGAUGUUUUAUAAAUGAAUAAAUAAAUAAAAAAGGGGGUGGUGGUGGUGGUUAAAACUGAUGAAUGAAUUUAUGCUCCCCUCACUUAAUUCCUGACACCAGACAAGUGUAUUCAGUCUAUGAGAUGAUUGUUUUUUUAGAAUAUUGACGCUUACCCACAUUUCAGAAUACUUGGCUGAAUCAAUUGUGAAAUUUCUUGCUGGAGUCUCCAGCAUGGUCCAGUAAGAGCUGGCAUGGUGUGAACUGGUUUCCAUACACUUCUUCAAAACGUCUCAUGUUGCUUACAAGACGAUCAGCGCCGAAUGAGUCCACAAACCUGAA